UCCAGACAUGGGACAUCUGGAGUUAAUACUAGUGCUAACAUGGAUAAUAGGUUGCUUUACCAUAGACAACAACGCAAAUAGAUAUGACGUGACAGAGAGAGAUGCUGCAGUACUGGCCUCCUGUGAUUUCAACAAAAACGAAGAACCUUUCUGCAACUUCCAACAAGACCCUGCAGAUAAUGGUGACUGGACACGUCACACUGGACCCACCCCAACCCCAGGCACUGGACCUGAUGGAGACUAUCCGGAUGGAACUGGCUUUUACAUAUAUCAUGAGGCUGACAACUCCAUAAAUGGACAGAACGUACGCCUUCUCAGCCCAGUUAUUAGUAGUGAACCUUCUGAGAUCUGUGUACAGUUCAACUACUACAUGUAUGGCUCUGACAGCAGUAACACCCUGACUGUGUUGACCAAACGUACUGGCUCUGAGGAACAAAUGUGGCAAAAAACUGGGAUACAAAGCCCAUCAUGGCUUGGAGCCUCUGUCACAGUGCCCAUACCAGCUGGACAGACUGCUCAGAUUGUAUUUCAGGCAAUGCGUGGGUUCUCUUCAUCAUGUGACACUGCCCUGGAUAACAUUGUCAUCACCGAGGGAGCCUGUGCUGGCUGUAUAGCUGGGUGUGAUUUUGAUGAUACUGAUGAAUGUGGCUGGACAAAUGUGAUAACUAAUGAAGAAAUCUUUGGUUGGGAGUUUUGGACUGGACAGACAGAUACACCAGGCACUGGCCCCGAUGAUGACUUCUCCAAACCAGGAUUGGGGUCGUACCUGUUAAUGGACUCCAUCUAUAGCAUUGAAGGAGAAUCUGCUCAGCUCUGGAGCCCCUCUACCUCAGCAUCUGGUUGCCUACAGCUGGACUUUCAUUACUACAUGUAUGGCAGUGCCGCCAACAUGGAGCUUAAUGUCCAUGCAGUCACCACCGGUGUGGCACUUGGAGCCCCUAUUUUCAGCCUCAAAGGAAAUCAAGGUCAGGGCUGGAAGCCUGCAAGCAUUCGCUACACUGGUUCAGCUGAUUCAGUGGAGUUUGUAAUUGUUGGGGUUUAUGGUGAAACAGACAAGACAGAUAUUGCAAUUGAUAGUGUCUGCAUUACCACUUGUACAGCAACUCCAACAACACCUAAGCCAUCCCCACCCCAACCCACUACACCUAAGCCAUCAACACCACAACCCACUUCACCUAAACCAUCAACACCCCAACCCACUACACCUAAACCAUCAACACCCCAACCCACUACACCUAAGCCAUCAACACCACAACCCACUUCACCUAAACCAACGACACCAGGUCCAUCAUCCCCUAAUCCAUCUACACCCCAACCCACUACACCUAAACCAUCAACACCCCAACCCACUACACCUAAGCCAUCAACACCACAACCCACUUCACCUAAACCAACGACACCAGGUACAUCAUCCCCUAAUCCAUCUACACCCCAACCCACUACACCUAAACCAACGACACCGGGUCCAUCAACUCCUAAGCCAACAACACCUAAGCCAACUACUCCAGAACCAACACCACCAGUGAACUGCCCUCCAGACUCUGAGUACAUUGAUUGCGGCCCAGCCUGUAUUCCUUCAUGUGCAGAGCCCUCUACUAACUGCUCUGGUUCUUGCAUCAGCGGCUGCUUCUGUAAACCAGGAUUUGUUUUCCGUGGCCGGCGCUGUGUUCCUAUUGAGCAGUGUGGAUGUCUGGAUGAAGAAAACAAUUACUUUGAGCCCGGUGAGAUCAUAUUUGGAGAUAGCUGUUCCAAGUUGUGUCGCUGUGCUGGCAACUACACUUUCGACUGUGUGGACAACACCUGUGACCCUGUGACAGAAGAAUGUCGGGAGGUUGGUGGAGUGCAUGGCUGCUACCCUAAAGGAACCUCCACCUGUAUUGCUUCUGGUGACCCCCAUUACAACACCUUUGAUAACCGGCGCUAUGACUUCAUGGGAAACUGUUCUUACCUGAUGUCCGAGCCUUGUAACAGCACAGACGUGCCUUACUUCGCUGUAUACACAGACAAUGAGAAUCGCUACAACAAUCCUCAUAUCAGCUAUGUAAAAGCAGUUCAUGUCCAUGCACUGGGAGUCAUAGUGUCCAUUCUGAAAGGAGGAACUGUGCAGGUCAAUGGUACCAAAGUGAACAUUCCUCUGAGUCCUGUCAGUGGUGUUGACAUUUUCAUGUCUGGAAAGCACUACACAGUGGCCUUGAACUUUGGAGUAACUGUACGUUACGACGGAAACCACUAUAUGGACAUUAAAGUUAUCAAGGAGGAUUUUUCACUCACAGGAACCUCCACCUGUAUUGCUUCUGGUGACCCCCAUUACAACACCUUUGAUAACCGGCGCUAUGACUUCAUGGGAAACUUGAUGUCCGAGAUGUCCGAGCCUUGUAACAGCACAGACGUGCAUUACUUCGCUGUAUACACAGACAAUGACAACAAUCCUAACAAUCCUCAUAUCAGCUAUGUAAAAGCAGUUCAUGUCCAUGCACUGGGAGUCAUAGUGUCCAUUCUGAAAGGAGGAACUGUGCAGGUCAAUGGUACCAAAGUGAACAUUCCUCUGAGUCCUGUCAGUGGUGUUGACAUUUUCAUGUCUGGAAAGCACUACACAGUGGCCUUGAACUUUGGAGUAACUGUACGUUACGACGGAAACCACUAUAUGGACAUUAAAGUUAUCAAGGACUAUGAGGACAAACUUUGUGGGCUGUGUGGGGACUACAAUGAAGACCCUCAGGAUGACUUCCAGACCCCAACUGGUGAAAUGGUCCAAAGCCCCAAUGACUUUGGCCACAGCUGGAACAUAGACCCUGAGUGUAACAAGCCUGAGGUUGGCCCACCCCCAGGGUGUACAGAUGCUGAGCAGGAGUUGUAUGAAGGGUCUGCUUACUGUGGUAUCAUAUUGGACAGCAAUGGCCCUUUUGCUGCUUGCCAUCCAAAAGUCAACCCCAAUGGUUUCUUCCAAGACUGCUUGUUUGAUGUUUGUGAGCUGGAUGGUGCUCAUUCUGCAUUGUGUGAAGCAAUAGAGUCAUACGUCAAUGAAUGUCAGGACCGUGGCGUCACAAUUGGACCCUGGAGAAACAGCACCUUCUGUCCUCUGAAAUGCCCAGCCAACAGUCACUUUGAAUCAUGUGCACCAGUUUGCCAGCCUUCCUGCAAUCCAAUUCCACCAAGUCAGUGCACCGGGCCCUGUUCUGAAGGAUGUGUUUGUGACCCUGGAUAUAUCCUCAGUGCUGGCCAGUGCGUGAAAGAAGACACUUGUGGUUGCAGCUAUAAUGGACAAUAUUAUAAGCCAGGUGAAGAGUUCUUCACUAAGGACUGUGAGCUACUGUGUAAGUGCAACCCCCCAUUUGUUACCUGUAAUGCUGCUGACUGCCCACCAAUGGAACAAUGUGGAGUACAGGAUGGCGUAAUUGGGUGUUUCCCACAAGAAUCUCAAGACUGUAUUAUCUCUGGUGAUCCUCAUUAUAACACUUUUGAUGGCAAAUACUACGCCUACAUGGGCACUUGCACCUACACUCUGGCCCGCACCUGCAAAAAUAACACUGGCCCCUGGUUCUCCAUUGAGGGCAAGAAUGAGGAGAGAGGCAUUUCUGGCGUUUCUUACCUGAGGAAACUCUAUGUGACUGUAGAUGGCAUCACUGUGACAAUGAUGAAAAACAGGAGAACUCUGGUGAAUGGACUCAGGGUGUCUCUCCCUCACUCCCCAUCUCCGCUGAUUUCGCUGUCUGUUGCUGGACAAUAUGUAAUCCUCACAACUCCGUUCGGCCUGAAGGUGCAGUGGGAUGGCAAUCAUUACGCCAAGAUCUCUGUUCCCAGUUCCUACUAUGACCAGAUGUGUGGCCUGUGUGGGGACUAUGACGGAAACCCCAAUAAUGAUUUCACUAAGCCAGAUGGCUCCCAAACCGACAACUCAAGUCAGUUUGGCGACAGCUGGCAAACUGAUGAGGAUGAGGAUGCAAUGUGCAAGCCUGACCCCGGGCCUCAACCACCCUGCGAUCCUGUGCUGGAGGGUGUCGUGUCAAACCCAGAGAACUGUGGGAGAAUAACUGACACAAAUGGAGCAUUUAGGGACUGUAUAAAGGUGGUGGACCCGUUGCCUUUCUUCCAGAGCUGUGUGUUUGAUAUGUGCCGUUAUCAGGGGCUGCAGCAGGUCCUUUGUGACCAGCUUCAGGCUUACACUGAUGCUUGCCUGAGUGCAGGUGCACCUGUCCAUCAGUGGAGGGAGCCAGACUUCUGCCUGAAUGAAGAGGUAAAUGAGAGCUGGUAUCUGGAGGGCUGUACACAGAAGUGUACAUGUGAGGGUGGAGGAACUAUUCAGUGUUACAACACCAGCUGUCUUCCUACUGAGAGCUGCCAACUUCAAGAUGGAGUCUAUGUCUGCAAACCACUUGGUACAGGCAUUUGCUCAGUUUCUGGUGACCCUCAUUAUAAUACCUUUGAUGAUAAAGUACAUCACUUCAUGGGUGCCUGUUCCUACACUCUCACUAAGCCCUGUAAUGAGACCUCCGGCUUGCCAUACUUUUCUGUGGAGACACAGAACGAGCACAGAGACAAUAAUAAGAAAGUAUCUUAUGUAAGAUCUGUCAUCAUCAAUGUGCAAGACACAACAGUCAUUUUGGGCAAGGGUCGCAAAGUUCAGGUGAAUGGAGUUCAGGUCACUGUGCCUGUCACACUUUCAAAUGGUAUUAAGAUCUUCCUAAGUGGCAAAUUUGUGGUGCUCGAGACAGACUUCGGAUUGCGUGUCCGUUUUGAUGGAAACCAUCAUGCAGAUGUCACCUUGCCUUCCUCCUACAGCGGACUGUUAUGUGGACUCUGUGGAAAUUAUAAUGGUGAUCCUAAUGAUGACAACAUCAAGUCAGAUGGAAUGCCAACAGACAGCACCAAUGAGCUUGGAGAAAGCUGGCAGGUGCCCGAUGACAGACCAGAUUGUACUCAUGGUGGAGGAGACAUUGAAUGUGAUGACAAGAUCCAGAAUGAAGCAAAGAAACCUACUAGCUGUGGCAUGAUCACCGACCCCAAUGGAAUCUUCAAGACAUGUCAUGCAGUGGUACCUCCCGGUCCUUACUUUGAGAACUGUGUGUUUGAUCAGUGUGGCACUGGUGGGGCCACAGUGGCACUGUGCCAAGCUAUUCAAAGCUAUGCUGACCUGUGCGCUCAAGCUGGGGUGCCAAUUAACUGGAGGAAUAACACCUUCUGCCCUAUUAAAUGUCCGGUUGGUAGUCACUAUGAGCCGUGCGGUUCAGCCUGCCCAGCCAGUUGUCAGGACCCUGGAUCUGAAGGCAUCUGUUCUGAGCCCUGUGUUGAGGGAUGUGUGUGUGACCCUGGUUUUGUCCUCAGUGGAGACAAGUGUGUGCCCUUCAGUGAGUGUGGUUGCACUGACAGAGACAACAACUACAGGCCUGUUGGAGACAGCUGGUUCACAAAAGAUGAUUGCACAGAGCGCUGUGUUUGUUCACCUUUCAAUAAGGUGACAUGCGAGGCAUGGCAAUGUGGUCCCGCUCAGGAAUGUAAGGUCAAUGAGGGUGAACUGGGCUGUGUGAACACAGGAGUGGGCAUUUGCCACAUUGCUGGUGAUCCUCACUACUACACUUUUGAUGGCAUCAUGCACACCUACAUGGGUACCUGCACUUAUACGCUGGUGGCGAUAUGCGACACCUCUAUGGUGACACCCUUCACCAUUGUGGCCAAGAACGAAGAACGCGGCCAACCAGAAGCUUCGUAUGUUCGCUCUGUGACCGUCUACCUGCCCACUGCCAACAUCACCAUCAGCAAGAGUGGAAGAGUACUGGUGAAUGAACGCAGGAUAAAAACCCCCUACGACAUCAGUUCAGCCAAGGCGCGGGUGUUCACCAGUGGAGUAAACACCGUACUAGACACUGACUUUGGCCUGAUUGUGAAGUUUGAUGGAGUGCACCAUAUUGAAAUCACAGUCCCUGGAGACUAUUUCAACAAGGUGUGUGGAAUGUGUGGUAACUACAACGGAGAUUCCUCUGAUGACAACUUGAUGCCUGACGGCAAACCAGCCAAAGAUGCCAUUGAACUUGGUGACAGCUGGAAGGCAGAGGGAGACAGUGAUCCUGGAUGUCAACCUGAUCCACGGCCAGAUGACAAACCCAACUGCGACGAGAAUGAGGAGGAAAUCUACAAGUCACAGUGCGCGGCGUCUAUCCUGUCUGAUCUCUUCAAGCCCUGUCACUCUCUCAUUCCUCCAGAAUCUUUCCUGGGGAACUGCGUCUAUGACAUGUGUGAAUAUGAUGGCAUGCAGUCGACUCUGUGCGAUAACAUUGAAGCUUACGCUCAGGCCUGUCAUAGCGCUGGAGUCACGAUCAGCUGGAGAAACAGCACCUUCUGUCCUCUCCCGUGCCCACCAAACAGUCACUAUUCUGAGUGCACAGCACCAUGUCCUCCUACCUGUGCCGAUCUCUUCCCCGUAUUCUGCCCAUUACCACCCAAUAGCUGUGUAGAGGGCUGCCAGUGCAAUGGAGGUUUUGUGCUAAGUGAUGGCAAGUGUGUUCCCCUCUCAAGCUGUGGAUGUGUUGACAGCAAUGGAGAGUAUCAUGAUGUGGGAGAUUCGUGGAUAACUGACCACUGCGAACAGAGGUGCAGCUGCAGCCUUGGAGGAGUGCUGUCCUGCACGUCCUUUGAAUGCAAUGACAACUCAAUCUGUGAUCUUGACAGCAAUGGAGACCGUUACUGCAAACCUGAGAAAUUCGAUGACUGCAAUAUUGCCGGGGACCCUCACUAUCGUACCUUUGACAAAUACAAUCACCACUACCAGGGAGCAUAUACCUAUGUAUUAACUCAGAGCAACAAUCUGCCCAGCUCCCUCACCCCUUUCAUAGUCCGUGGCAAAAACCAGCGGCAGGGAGGCAUCAGCCGGGUGUCGCUCCUGCGUGAGGUCUAUGUGGAUGUGUACGGCAUUACUGUUCGCUUUCAACAGAAGAAGAAAGUGCUGGUCAAUGAUGAGAAAGUUGGUCUACCGUUCAGUCCUGUACGUGGAGUUAACAUAAAAACAAAGUCUCGCUUUGUUAUGCUCACAACUGACUUUGGCCUUUCUGUGCGCUUUGAUGGCAAUGCUCAAUCAGUGGUGACUCUGCCUAGUGUAUACAGAUCUCGUGUGCUCGGUCUUUGCGGUAAUUAUGAUGGACGCACCAGUAACGAGUACACAAAACCAGACGGCACAGUUACCCGCAACCUCAAUGAGUUUGGAGACAGCUGGAGAGUAACUGACAGACAGGCGGGUCUUCGUACCACAUCCCUACCAAAGAUGGUGCACCUACACAAGCGUGAAGUGGAGGCCGAUCCAGAUUCAGGGUUUGAGACGACGGGCUGCACAGAUGCUCUGCUGGAUGAGCUGAACGGGAAUAAAAUGUGUGGGGCUCUCAGUGACCCUGCUGGUCCUUUCACUGCCUGUCAUGCUGUGAUCGCUCCGAAUGACUUCCAAGAGGAUUGUGUGUUUGACCUGUGUGCUGAGCAGGGCAAUGAAGAGCUGCGCUGUGAAAAUUACGCUGUCUACGCUCGGGCUUGCCAAGAUCAGGGUGUUGAACUAGGGCAGUGGAGACAAGAGCUGAAUUGCGGUCUGCAAUGUGGGCCCAACAGCAACUACUCCGUCUGUAUGACUCCAUGCCCAGCAUCCUGCGCAGACCUGGCGGCUCCCUCUGAGUGUGAGCAAAUACUGUGUGUGGAGGGAUGUAUCUGCUCCCCUGGCUUUGUCCUGAGCGACCAAGACUGUGUGCCUUACAGCGAGUGUGGAUGCACUUACCUCGAUCGCUACUAUCUGCUGAAGGAGACAUUUGUGACAGAAGAUUGUUCACAGAGUUGUGAAUGUACUACCACUGGUGCUGUGUGUCAAACAAAGGGCUGUGGAGACAAUGAGAUCUGCACUGUGUACAAUACCAAACGCGACUGUUAUAAAUCGAGUCCAUGUUUGAGCUCGCCCUGUGAGAAUGAUGGGACCUGUGUGGAAAAAGCAGAUGGUUCUGGUUACACCUGCACUUGCUCUGAAGGUUUUGAGGGCACAAACUGUGAGAUCUUAAAAAUCCCCUCUGAGGGAGGCCUGGAUCAAACAGCUAUUAUCUUGAUUGGAGUCCUCGUGCCCCUUGGCAUCAUCCUCAUAGUCACAGCAACUGUUUGCAUUUACAAGAAGUGCAGCCGCAAAAAGAUAAGUUAUGAAUCAAGUACAUUAGAGUUGAACAAAAAGACAGAUCAACCCUAUGAAACUCUAGAUGAGGGUAAGAAGCAGGAAACAGACAACAGUGUGCUGAAGGCCACAACAUUCUGAAGCUAAACCUCAGUUUUUUGACACUGAUUUGCUGACAAGAUUUUGAUUAUAUUUAUUCACUUUAAAUAUCUUUGUGAAAUAUGUGAAUUAACAGGCAAAACCUAUGUUUAUAUUUUACUUUAAAAAAAAUUUUCAGUAACUUAUUUGUAAACAUCGUUGUAAUUUUUGGUGUUAGCAAUGUUAUGAUUUGGGUAA